CACGCAGAGUGCCGUCCUCGUGACACAUCUUACCCUUUCUUUUCUUUCGAUCCAUGGCAACAAGAAAACGUGGUAAAGUUUGUCCGGUGAAUCGAUCCGUCGAGAAUUGAUCAGUGACCCUAAAGUUCGAUGAAAUCGUCACGCGUCAUCUGGAACCUUCUGUCAUUGCAGUGUCCCUAAAUGAAGAAGACAUUUAUCGAAGGAAGAAGAUGUGGAGCUCGGUUACUGCGGCUGGCACUGAAAAUGGGCCCGCACCACCUUCCAGAAGCAAGCACAGCGCCACUUUGCUCGCCGGGCACGUAUAUCUCCUCGGAGGACGAAACGGCAAUCUUCCCCUCAAAGAUCUCUGGCGAUACAGCCUCGCCGACAGCAAAUGGGAGGAAUUGCAUCCUGGGGGAGAAAGACCGCCAGCACUUCAGGAACACAGUGCGGUAGCUUACAAGGAUUGCCUGUACAUUUUUGGGGGAGAGCUCGGUUUUUCCGCAGGCACGGAAACGCCACUUUGGGUUUACAAUGUCAAGACUAACAUGUGGAGAAAAGUAAGAGCACAGCAAGGUUGCGCGGUUCCCAGAGGUCGAAGAGGUCAUACCGCUUUAGUUCAUCGUGGCCAGAUGCUCAUUUAUGGCGGUUACCAAGAUUUACGUGGCAGCUCUCCGGAAUUAUGGGCAUUUCAUUUCGAAACGGAAUCGUGGCAUCUCCUUUCCUCGAGCGAGUGUGGGCCAGCAGCGAGACACAAACACUCUGCUGUUUUACACGGCGACGCUAUGUACAUUUAUGGGGGUAUGACCGAUCUGCAAGAGAGAAGCGAUUGCUGGCGAUGGGACGUAAAUACCGCCGCUUGGUGUUUGUUAAAGAAUAAGCCAGGGCCAGGACCUCUUCACGGUCAUGCAGCCUGCAGGCUUCCCAGUUGUAUGUUAAUUUUCGGUGGUGAAAGCGGUGGUUUAGCUACGAACGAACUCUGGAGGUUUCAUUUCGGUACGGAAACAUGGGAAAAAUUAUCAGUGCCAGGUCCUAAACCCCAGCCAAGGGCGGAAAGUGUUGCUUUAGCGGUUUCCGAACUGUUAAUAAGAGGGACCAAUAUCGAUAAUUCGAAACCAAGGCCGAGAAAUCAAAGAACGAGACUUUGUAACAACAGAAUAUCGCCUAACGAAGCACCAGCUAGACCGAGCUUUCUCAAGGAAAUUUCUAAAUUAUCUCAAAUUAAUCUAUCACGACUAAGUCACCCGACAAAGUGCAGCUACUCCGUGUUAAGCGGUCAAGAUGAUAACGAGGAGAGUCCUCAAGAGCAAGUGGAUUCCGAAGUCGUCGAACCUUCUACGGGGAUGGUAAAAUCUCGAAGCGCGAAUACGCUAGCUCGUCGAAGACAAAAACCACCGGAGGCAACAUCCAAAAAUAUGGACACGAAUAAUAGCAACAACGCAACUAGUGGUAGUUCCGGCAUGACCAGGGAUCCUAUCUCGGUACCGAAUUUCCGUGCUUUGACCUUACCCACUCCGGUCUUGACACCUGUGGAAGCAGCCAGGCUCGUUUUCAUCGAUCCAGACGAAAAUAGCGACAACGAGGAACGAAAAGAACCUCCAACCUCCAGAUUGAUAGAAGUCCAAGAGGAAAGACGAGACUUCGCGGCAGUGCAUCAGGCCUGUCAACCAACACGGGGAGAGAGUUACAGCUCGCACCUUUACGAAGCGGCGCUUCAAACCCCGAAAACACCGACUACUUCUAAAAUCCCUACGUCAGCGUCGGUUCGAUUCGCUGACUUGGAAGAAGGCGAGGAAUCGACGUCGGAUUAUGCAAGUAUAGAGGCUAGAAGUCCCGGUGACCCUCUUGCCGACGACGAUUGGCCGUCAGGACGAAAGAGCAAACAGUAUCGUCCCAUCGUCACGUCAUCGACGAUACGCGAAGGUCAAUUCGGCUUUUGUAAUCCAAAUUAUCUGGGGCUGGAUGAAACGAAAGGUCACCAUCAACAACAGCAACAGCCACAAGAUGGAAAGUACGCAAAGUUACUGAACAGCCCACCGGACAGUGUUUUAGAGGACGAACCGGGAAGAUCGGCCUCGCAAACAUUCGCGGAAUUAUUAGAACUUCAAGAAAUCAAAAGAGUACCAAGGGCACCGCCUAAAAGUUUACCAUUAGGUUCUCCUUCUAGAAGAGCAGUCAGUGCGUCAAGAGCCGAGCGACAACGGGCAAAAGUUGCUGCAGCUGACAUCAAUGAAUCGGAAACACCGUCUUACGGACCAGCACCGCUUUACGUUUUCCUCGUUGGUGGAAAAGAAAAGGGUCAGGUUACGGUGUUUGCGAGGCCUGUUUCCUUGUGGAAAUUGCAAUUAGCGCCACACAUUUUUUAA